UGAAUAUUUCAAAUAUUUCAGAUAAAAUGUCUGUCUGUUCCACUAGUGCUGGGAGAUUAAAUUUGUUCAAUGAGCUUCAGAGUAUGGAAGCAGUUUCGGAUGAUAAACGAAUAUUGAAACAUAUAAUGAUUGAUAUUCUCAACCUGAGGAAUGGAAUGGAAGAUAACCUACUCCUGAUGCAAAAAGUCCAUCACAUUGUAAAAAAUAUUAAGUCCGUGGGUUUGGAUUUAUUGAACGCAAUAACUGUUGUCCAGCAACAUAUUGAUUCCAUUAACACAGUUUAUAUACUGGGAGUAUCCUGGCUCAAUGAUAAAACUGAUUUCGCUCUCAGCUAUAUUCGAGUAGGUGAAGAACCUGCAGAAAAUAUAGAAGACUUCAUAAAUCCAGAAAGCCAUGAGAAUAAGGAGAAUGUGGAGAUCUAUGAUGGCCUUGAAGAUCAAAAGAACAAUUUUCAUGAAAUCAUUGAAGAAGAUAUUAAGAUAGAGAUUGAAGAUUUUGAGAAUAUUGUUUCUACAGAUUUAAAUCUUGAUCAUGUUAAAGAUGAAGUUGAAGUUCUAGAGAAGAAAGAAGAGGCCAGAGUCAUCAGCGAUUUGAAGACCAUUAACGAUUUUGCUGUUACACAAUUUGCAGAAAAAGCUCAAUAUGAUCCUGCAAUUGAAGAAGAAAAGUUAGAUUUGAGCGCUGAUCUAAUCUGCAAGAUCUGUAAUAGUAAGUCCGCUAGCCUACCUACUCUAAGACGACAUAUGUCCGAUAUGCAUGGGGAGGAAAAGUUUCAAUGUGACCAAUGCUCUUUUAAAACCAGAAGAAAACCAUCCCUAAAAAUUCACAUUUUAGUGGAGCAUAAAGGCCAUAGGUUGCACUGUGAUAGAUGUGAGAAAGCCUUUACACGUAAAUCUAACUUGGAAAGACACAUUCUAACGGUCCAUGAGGGUAAAAGGUAUCACUGUGAUCAAUGCGAUUUUGUUGGUUCUCAAUCCACACUGCUCAAAGAACAUAUAGAUGACGUGCAUAAAAAUAUACUUCAUAGCUGUGACCAAUGUAGUUUUACAACGCAUAAAGCUCAAACAUUAAGAUUGCACAAACAUGAGCAUAAAGGUUUGGACAAAGGAGUGGAGAAUGAAAAUAACUCAGCUCUUUUGAAGCAGUGUAAUUACUGUGACAAAAAAGUGUCGGCUAGAAAUUUUAAUUCCCACUUACUCGGUAUGCAUGACAAAUCCGAACAGUAUUCAUGUGAUCAAUGCGGUUAUGAAACACAUGCAAAGCAAAGAAUGAAUCAACAUAUGAAAAGGCAUGAAGGUAACCUACUUUUAUGUGAUCAAUGUCCCUACAUUGGGAAAGUUAAAUUUGAUCUGUAUAAGCAUAAGCAGAAGGUUCACGAGGGGAUAAGCUUUCCCUGUGGUUUAUGUGACUACUCAUCGUAUAAUAAAGGACAUUUGAGAACACACAAAGAGGCUGUUCAUAUGGGGAUCAAAUAUCAAUGUGAUAUUUGUGACUUUAGAGGAUCAACCAAAGGGAAUUUAAAAACGCACAUGGAGACCAAACACGAUGAAACCAAGUACCCUUGUACGCAGUGUGAUUACAAAGCUAGCACACAUAACGUGUUAAACUUACAUAUGAGGAAAAAACAUUAAAUUGUUAAAUGUUUUCUCUAUUUGUGGAAAAUUAACUUUGUAAUGUUAUUCAUGAAAGUGGGGUUUCUGAAGUAUUUUCUCUUGAUAAUAUCGUUUGGUAUUGAUUACGUCAACCAUGCUACUUUUUCCUUUCCAUCAUUUUCAAUACUUGAAUCCUCCAGCUUAUAUGUAUUUAAAGACGAAUGUAGUUCAGCAAAAAAAAAUUAAUAGUGAAGCUGUAACUAAUGAUAAAUGAUUAUUAAAACAUAAUGAUUAAUACUAAUAUCCUCAACUUACGGAAUGGAAUGGAAGAUAACUUACUCCUGAUCCAACAAAUCCACCUGAUGAUACAGAAAGAAGUAGAGGAGCAGAAAGGGUUUAAAGAGAGUGACCGGCUAUUCACUCCCUUUAAUGAUGUGAGCCAUGCUACCCAGCAACAUAUUGACUCCAUUAGCACAUUAUUCACACUGGGAGUAUCCUGGCUCAAAGAUAGUAGAAAUUUUGCCCUCAACUAUAUUCAAGGUAAAGUGUGAAUUCAUUGCAAGUCAAUCCUACCAGCGUAAACAACAUAAUGACAUUAAAAAAAAAGUUGAUAGCUGUAAAAAUUGUGAAAUCACCACCUCCAUACCAGGUUAUCUGAAAGUGCACAAGGAAACCCAUUUAACCCAACACACGGAAACAUUUUGCAAUAUGACUAUUGUAGUUUUGAGGCUCCGGCGGGAAAUAUGAAGAUUCACAUGUUGGACAAACAUGACAAAUCUAAAUCGUAUUAAUGUGACAAAUGUGAUUUUGUCACCAACUCGACCAAAAUCUGGAAAGAACAUACAAAAACUCAUGAAUGUAAUUAUUUACUCUGUGAUCAAUGUUCCUACGUUGGAAAAUAUAAUUCAGAUAUUUUUAUGCACAAGAAAAAAGUAUAUGAUGGGACCAGAUAUCCCUGUAAUUUAUGUAAUUAUUCUUCACUUCGAAUUGGACACGUAAGAGCCCUCAAAGAGGCUGUGCAAUUGGGGAAUAAGCAUGAUUGUCACGUUUGUGAAUUAAAAGCGUCCACCAAAGGAAAUUUAAAAUAACAAAGGAGACCAAGCACAAUGAGGAAAAGUUUCCUUGUGAUCAGUGUGAUCAUAAAGCAGCUACACAGUAUGGAUUAAAGAGGCAUUUGAAGAAAAAACAUUAGAUUGGAGAAAAUUCUGAACGAUUACCAUUUUCCUAAAUUAUUAAAUGCUCAUUUACUUUAAAACAUUUUCAUAUGAAAUUUUUUAAAUGCAAUUUUUUGGGUAACUGAUUAUUUCUCUUUAAUUAAUGAAAACGUGUAAAAUUGUGUAUUAUUUUCAGA